AUGAAGGGCUGGGGUGGAACGGCACCUGCUCCCGAAUCAUUCAGGUGCAUCUUCCACCUGAGCCAGGCAUGCUUCGUCGAGCAAGAGCACCUGGGGACAAGGUGGCAAGAAGGUCGACUCACCCACAAGGGGCCUCGGAGGGAGUCUCUGGACUGUGAUGGCUUCCGAGAGGCACCGGCCCUGGGAGUCGGGCACCAGCCUGUUCGCGGAGAGUCCACCGCAUUCUGGUGGUUCGUCAGGCUGCGGAGUAAACUGGAGGCCAUCCUGCCCCUAGGCGAUGUCAAGGUUGGGCUGCCCCGGACCCCUGCCCAGCAGUGUCUCGCAGCCCAGCCUCGACCGGCCUCCGCAAUGCUCUUGGCUCUCCUCCUCCUCUGCGUCUCCUGGCACCCUGGGCCAGGGCAUGGCGAAGUGGUGACCUCCUUCAAGGAGUCUUGCCCCCAGUUCUUCUUCAGAGGAAUCCCGCCGAGCGACAGCAUCAAGCCACAACAGUCGGCUCAAAUUUGCCAGCGGUACAAGAACCUGCAUCGCUUUGCCACUCUCUAUGAUGAGGCCAUGCGUAUCCCGGUGUACUCUGCCUACAUCUACAACCCCGGAACAGCAAAGAGACCCAGGACGUGGAUGGUGGAACCCCAGCUGGUCGAUCGGUCGUUGGAACAACCGGACAUGGAAACCGAAGGGGCCUUCCUGAACCAAUAUGUGAGCAAAGAGUUCGCUCUUCAGAGGAGCCAGGCUGUCCCGCAUGACUACAAGAACCUCUCUGGACUGAACAGGGGUCACCUGAACCCGAACGGGCACCAGCUGGACUGGGAUGCCAAAUCGUCCACCUUCACCUUGACCAACGUUGUUCCGCAAAACAUCAAGCUCAACGGCGGGGCCUGGAACAACUACGAGCACGUGACCAUGGCGAGCAAGACCGCGGGAUGCAGCAGGACCUUUGCCAUCGUGGGCGCGGUGCCAGGGAACAACUUCAUAGCUGGCGGGAGGGUCAACACGCCCAGCUACGUCUGGUCGGCCGCCUGCUGUGUCGUAGACAACAAUCACCUGCGAGCUUGGGGCAUCAUUGCCAGGAACGACGAGAACGUGGUGCAGGCCCUCACCCUGGGGCAACUGGAAGCGCGGCUCACGCAGCUUUACGGCCGCGAUCACAUCUCCCUGUUUGCUGAGGACUGUCCCCGGCAGUAAGAGCUUGGCCCUGGCGCUGUGAAUCCCACUGCUCCCAGAAGCUGCUUCACCUGAUCCAGGAAUGCCUUGCGAGCACCUGUGCGUGGCCUGAGCUCCCACUAGGCUUCCUUUUAACACCAAUUGACCCUUUGUUAAUGCAAAGAUUCCCCUCAGCGGGAGGGGAAAUAUAGGGUUUUUGCUUGUGCACCAGAGUGCCUCUGGAACCCUGGACCAAGGCAGUUUGUG